AUGUCUCCAUUCGAAGCCGCGUCUAGCGCCUCUUCCCUCCGGCCUUCCGACAGCAUAUCGCAGGCCCCUAGCUCACUAUCAGAGCCUGACCUUUCGCCAUGCCAGCAUCCAGUCAAGAGGAGGAAGCUGCGAGCAGUCUCAACAUGGGAUCACUUUCGUGAAGCCGAAGGCGACGAGCCACACAUGAAGGCCGGCAAGGCACGGCAAACUGAGGAGAGGGAAAAGAACGCGCUGCGUGCGGUAAUCAACGCCGAUGCCUUCCGAGAGGCUCAGAUGUUGAUGGCUGUACGUAGGCACCUCCCUCUUAAUUUUGUGACAUGGCCAAAGUACCAAGCACUUCUGUCGGCGAUAAACCCCGCGGUUGAAGAGUUUCUGGUUGGCUCUGGAGGCACAGUUGCAGCCGACCUGGACACGGCUCACGCGGCGCAUCAGCAGUCAAUAAAGAGAUGGCUGCUGUCUGCUCGGAGCCUCAUACAUAUUUCCAUGGAUGUGUGGUCGUCUCCUCAGCGCAAGUCAUUCAUCGCCGUCCAUGCGCAGUGGGUUGAUGAAUCGUACUUGCCUCGCAAGGCGUUGCUCGGGCUUCCAAAUCUCCGCCGCUCUCACGCUGGCGCGGCUAUGGUACCUCACUUGAUGAAUGUCAUCCAGAAGUUCGAACUUGCCAACAGUUUGGGGUAUUUCACCGGCGACAACGAUACAAAGAACGACACCUGCCUCCGGCAACUCGCCAAAGACCUGUUGCGGGAAUAUGGCGUUGUGUUUGAUCCAGUGGCCUCUCGGACGCGAUGCUUUGGCCACAUCAUCAACCUCUCCCUUCAGGCUUUCCUCUUCGCAAGCAGCAAAAGGGCUCUGGAAGCCGCGAUCGAGGAGGCACAAGACGAGGCAAACGAUGCGACUAUUGCCGGUGCGCUGCAAGACCGCAUUCAUUCAAGCAGUGCGCACCCGAGAUCCCGCAGCAAGCCCAAGGGGCGAGCGGAUGCGGCGGGCUGGCGAAGAGUGGGACCUUUAGGCAAGCUUCACAACAUUGCCGUGUUCAUCCGCAAUUCAACUAUUCACAAUGACGCAUGGGACGACGUCGCGGGGAAGGCACUGGGACUCGACAACAUCACACGAUGGAACUCUUGGUUCAAGCUGCUCGACGCCGCCAUCCGCCAAGAAGGCUCCAUGUCCAUCUUCCUCAACCAAUUCCAUAGGGAACUGGAGGAUGACAUUCUCACACAUGACGACUGGCAAAUACUCAAAAUGACCCAUGAGUUUUUGCAGCCGUUUCACCAAGCGACCAUGGAGCAGCAAAUGGAGUGGGCAUCAAUAGACCAGGUGCUGGAGAACAUGGACAUCUUGUUCAAGCAAUUUGAGGAUGCCAAGAUCAAGUAUGCCGACAACGAGCGCAUGGUCAACUCUAUCCAUAUGGGUUGGUGGGUGCUUGCGAAGUACUACGAGGAAAGCGACAGUAAUCCAAUAUACGUCACAGCCUUGCUACUCCACCCAGAGAAGCGGCGGCGAUAUAUUGACCGCCACUGGCCGGAGGAGUGGCGAGAGGGGCCCGUUGCCGCAGCACGGCAGCUUUGGGCGAAGUACAAGACCAGGUCAUUAACGGCGACCGUUGCAUUGCAGCCACGAAAGGAACGGCUCGAGAUGUCUCCGUACGAGCGCAUCAAGCAAUCGAUGAGUGUAUUGGAUGAACCAGUUGACGAGGAUGAGUUUGAAAAGUUCAUCAAUUCCCCCCCGAGACAAGUGACGGCGAAGACUCCGCUCGAAUGGUGGUGCCGGGAGGAGCAGAGGAUGGAGUAUCCCCGCCUGCACCAGAUGGCCAUUGACAUCCUCAGUGUCCCGGCGAUGUCUGUCGGGCAAAAUCCACUGCAGGGGCUAGACCUCAGUGGACGCGCACCUCUCUAG